AAAAACGCUAGAGUGAGUGACCGUUGUUGAGACCGUCAGUGAAAGCGGUUACACGCCUUCUCAGGAUAUCAGAUCGUUCAUUAUUAGCCUACUCUACAGUCAGGUGUUAAAUUAUUCUACCGUGGAUUAUUUAGCCCGUGAUCCCUCCGCAGGAGUCGGACACCUCAUCGGUGUUUUUAGCGAAAGGAUGAAGUAGUUUCUGUGGCACACUGAGAUCCGGAGCUGAUCGCCAACUACAGUAACGUUAUGCGGUUUAUUGGGAACAUAUAUGACCAUUUCUGAUCUGAAGCUCACUCAGUAGUUUGCUACAGAAAUGGUAUCGCUGACCAUUUUUCUGCCUUUGGCUCGUUUUCAAACCUCCUGAAUUUUUACACUUGAGCAGGACCGAGUGGGUUUUGGCACAUUAGUAUACAUGCUCGAGGCGCAACAUGUCUUUGUACAUGAGUGCUGGGCAGUCAUAACUGAUCUGGGGAAAAACAAGGGGAAACUCCCCUCCGAAGACUCCUGAACAAUGACCGGACCAAGCGCCACCAGCAGCGGCUCAACGGCCAAGAUCAGCAGACACGGUCGGUCUAAGAGCAGCAGUACUUACUGUCACACUACCGGUCCGGCUGCUGAAUCCUCCUCAUCCACUGCCGCGAACAACACUGGUAGGUCGUCCGGUGAGGAAGAGGAGAAAGACGGCGGGGUCCCGUUUUUCGUGAACAGGACGGGCUUUCCAAUAGACACCGUCACCUGGGAGAGAAUGUGGUCACACGUCACCAGAGUUCAUCCCGAUGGACAGGAGAUGGUGGAUAGAAUACGAAAUGCAACACACCUCCCUAAACACUUCGUGCCAUCGGUUCCAAACUUUAAGCCAUCGAUGUCUGUGCCUGAUUGGCUCCAUGCUGUCCAGAACUACAUGAGAAACUUGCAAUACAACCAUACGGGAACGCAGUUUUUUGAGAUUAAGAAAACCAGACCUCUGAGUGGGUUGAUGGAGACCGCCAGAGAGAUGAUACGAGAAUCACUUCCCAUCAAAUGCCUUGAAGCAGUUAUCCUUGGAAUCUACCUAACCAACGGUCUGACCUCCGUGGAACGGUUCCCCAUCAGCUUUAAGACCCAGUUCUCCGGCCACCACUUCCAUCACGUGGUGCUGGGCGUUUACUGUAACGGCCGAUAUGGCACCCUGGGUAUGAGUCGACGUGCUGACCUUAUGGACAGAUCUCUGAGCUUCCGUACGCUCAGCGAGUUGGUGUUCGACUUUGAGGACUCGUACCGCCGCUACCAGCACACCAUGAAGAAGAUCAAAAUUGGCCUGUACGUGCCCCACAAUCCUCACGUUUUCCAGCCUAUUGAGUGGAACUAUCUGGUGAUCAACGCCUGCAAGCAGGGCCGUGAGGACAUGCGCAAAGAGCUGGAGAAGCAUGGCCGUGACAUGAGGAUGAAGGUGAUAAAAAGUAGGUCAUCGCUUUGUCCAAUCAAAGAACGAACCCGAGGCAAGUCUUUAUCACCGCGCCGCCGAGCAGGCAGCAGCCCUCAAAGACGCCAACAUGUCCACAGAAGAGACAAAUCGCCAGCAGCACUGGACAGAAAGCCAGCAGAGCUCAGCACCCUCAGUGAUGGCUACCAGAUCCGCAUCUAAGACACUAAAUGCACCAGCUUUAUCCUCCACACGUCCCCCCUCAGUCAGAUCCACUGAAGAUGUUUUUAAACACGAUUUAAUGCACAUUGUGAACUGUACAGGAUAUUGAACAUAUUUAUAGUUGUACUUUCAUGUUAGAGAGAGCAUUUGGUGCCCUUCUUAAAGUCAAAAGCAAAAGUUAAAAGCGAUUUAAAAAAAAUGUUUUUAACAGAAUAUGAUGUUCCUUUUCCAGCCAUAACAUUUUUUUUAAUAGUGGAACGUUUAAGAGCAAAGGAUAUUAACUUUGCUUUAAAAAUGUUUUUACCCUAGUAAUUGUCAAGCAUUUUAGAAGACAAAAAAAAGUUGUGAACUGACUGAAAUAUUCAAGCAAAUAUGGAAAUGUGGGGAAAAGGCUCUAUUUUAGGACAGAAUGUCCACAAGCAGUGAGAGCUGGAGUGUGAAUGGAUUGUGCUUGGCAGAGAGAUGUAAACCUCAGUGCCUCGUGCUGUGCUGCUGGUAGUUUUGGAGGCUGACUGGCCUGGAAGAGAGAGGACGUAAGCUUUUUUUUGCCAGAGGCGCAAGGACACAAGGGACCUAAGCUUCAGAGAGCUACUCAUUCUGCCCACAAGAACUGUAUUCAAUCCACUUUACUACUUUUUUUUUUUUUGUUACCUGCAUACAGUCCCAAACACUCCUGUGAUAUGGAAGGAAUGGACAUGAUUUAUUGACUAAGGUUUGACGUCACCUUACAUUGAAGGCUUUGUACUGUUUUUAUUUUAUCAUAAAAAUGUCAUAGUUGCUGUUGUAGAGAUUUAUUUUUUUUAAUUUUUUUUUACCGGUUGUUAAACCUGUACAGUAUUUUGUGGUUUUAUGUUUUUUGAGCAUCUCUGUCCUAAAAGGACAUGGUGAUGGGGGGGGAAAAAAACUUGCAUUUUCCUCCGAAACAAAAGUUUUGCGAGGUAAUGCAAAAGCAGAAAUAUACAUUUUUAAAUAUUAAGUGGGAGAGAAAACUAUUUUUCAAUGCUUUUUCCAGCGAACACAAAGUUUAUUGAGGGAAUGUGAUACUUUUGUGACAUUGAAAUAUAAUUUUUAGAAUAUAAAAGUUUCUUGGGGGGAGAGCAAUACUUUUACAAAAGCGAUCAACUGCUCAGUUUCUCAGCAAAACUUACAAGAGAGUUUCUUGAGAAUGCAAAAGUUUUGCUGGGGAACGCAAAAUCAUUGAAAUGUGCAUUUUACUCCCAUCUAAUAUUUCUCAUAUUUUUUCCAUCACUAUGUCCCUGUCCCCUUUAUCAAUCCCUCUUUAUCAACAGCAUAUCACUUUGAAUUUUCUCACCUCAUGAGAUUAAGCUAUGCACAUGGAGAAGGUCUGCCAAUCCGUCCUUCUUGACAGCAGACCUGUCUUUAAAAUUGUAGCAGUGACAUUGUUACCAAUUCUUCAUGGGUUGUAUGAGCGGUUCCUCUUUGAACGAUGUUUAUCGGGUGCUAUUGACUAAACUACCACAUUAUAGCUAGCUCAUUCUGCCUUGUAAUUGGUACCAGCUUUCUAUCAAAAGCUACUGAACCACACAAGUGCCAGACCAUUGAAUACGUCCAAAUCAUCCAUAGGGCGGAAGGUUUCAUCCCAGUCACAUGAAGAUGAAAGGUCAUGAGUUUCAAUGACAUAUCUAAUGUACCAUGUUGAAUUGCUCAGACCCUUUCUGGGAGAGAAGCGGCCUGCUGCUGAAGAACACCUCAUUGUUACUGAUUUCUAUCAUUUAUAACUUCUUGUUUGUUUAACUAAUCAGAUGUGUGAAAUUGUGAGUGAAACUUUAUGGCAGACAAAAAUGUUUUAGUUUGUAAAUGGCUUUCUGGUUUUAAGGAAAUGCAGUGAUCUCCCCUCAAAGGUGCUAAGAUGAGACAUUUUACCCAUUAUUAUAAAAUUCAAUUAUUUUAGCACUGACUUUUUUAAUGAUUAAAGAGCACAUCAAAUUUACGUUUCUGUAGCACAAUGAUUAGAAAGUGAGUUUAUCUCAGUUACAAGAUACGUUUAAUGGUAUGCAUUACCAAAAAACAAUUCAUAAGUGAAAUUAAUAGUCAUGAGAUUGUAGAUGGAAUUUUGGUUUCCAUGUGUCUUAAAUGCGGGCUUGCCUGAAAAUACAAUCAAUUUUGAUGAAUGAUAAAUAAUCAAUUUUAAAGGAAAUGUUUUUCUCAGUAAGAGUGUUAAUGAUGUGACUUUCUCUUUAUGAAGACCUCAACUUGUCCUGUUUUCUGUUCAUAUUUUUCGUAUUAUAAAUGUAUUCGCCUAAAUAAGGAUUCAUUUAACCCUCAACUGUUUUAUACACAUUUUUCGUAAGCCUUACCUCAGCUUGCACCAUCUGUCCUCUUUUCUGUUAUAAAUUUGUUUUUGGGUCACCUCAGUUCCCCCAUGAUGAAACAUUAAUGUAAUUUGUUAAUUUCUCUGUAGCAUGUUUUAAUAAAAACUAUUGUUUUUCUGUAAGUCUGUGAUUGGGCCGUUCACGGUGCUUAUUUUCGUGGUUCUCUUGAAUACUUGAUUCUGAUCUGGACAAUCCGGUGUAACGCAACCGAUGCCAUUUUGAGUCUCAAUUAUCGCUUGAUUUGAUCUCGAAACUGAUUUCAGACUUAAGAGUAUAAGUUUUAAUACUUUUCAUAGCGGAA